AGUUCUUUUUUUCUUUCUUUUUCUGAAACUCUCCCUCAGUGCCACAGAUGACUCCAUGGUGGCAUUAAGCUCUUUCAAAUAUAUUUAUUUUCUUAAAGAACAGAACUCUUGCAGAUGGAGAGUUUAGAAAAGGACCAUUCCUAUUCUGAACAUCCACAGCAGUCAGAGGCCCCAACUGAAGAACAUGACGUUGAAGGAUUGCCAACUCUAGCAUGGGAAAUUCCUGGACUUUGGAGGGUAAAGCCUGAAGAGAAUGGAGUUUGGGGAGAAAAGAUCGCAGAGAGAAACCGUUGCCACCACACGGCGAUUGAGAGACAGAGAGCUUCUCAGGAAAAGGAAAGCCGAAGCCGAGGAAAAAGACACUCACCAGUGGGGCCUGGGGGGCAAGAGCAAGAGGACACGGAAAGGAAGAGGAACGGGGAGAAGCCGAGGACCACGGCAGACUCCAGAAUCACAGACAGAACCUCAGCCAGGCAGAGCAGAGGAGAAACAUGAGCCCACGGUGGCCCCAUUGGAGGAGAAAGUGGAGACCUCCCUUGAUCCUCAGGUGGAAUCUUCUCUGGAUCCCCAGGUGGAGUUUUCUGUACAUCCCCAAGUGGAGUCCUCUGCUCCCCUAGUGGAAACUGAGGAGCUACAUACACCAAAGGAAGUAGCAGAAUCACCCCCAACUGAGCCUACAAUUUGUCCUGUGGCAGAAUUAGAGCAGACACCCAGAUCAGAAGAACCAGAAAUGCUGGCGUCUGUGGAAAAUGAUCAUUUGGAACAAGAGCUGUACCCCUCUUUUUAAUAAAUAAUUGUUUCUGUCCAACAUGAAACACUGUUAGAAUAUAUGAUCCUUAUUAAUCUUGUGUGACCAAUAAAAACUUUGCUGUUA